AUGAACGCCUACCUUCUCGUCCGCUCAUUCGGCAUCGAUAGUCCGGUCGCAUACGAACGCGCGCAAUGCACACGGCUGCUCCAUGCGCUCCACCCAAGCAAUGUCGUCUUCUAUGCUCAAGCACCGCAAACCAGCGACGGCAACGAGGCGUAUAGUUAUGCUGCCGGCGAGUCGGAAUAUGCGCAUGCCGCAGGCGUGAAUGCUGUUACCAUUGAUAAAUUCGAAGGCCGAUAUCUUCUCUCUGGAGGUGCAGACUCAUCCAUAGCCAUCUGGGACCUCGAAAACAGUUUAGAUGAGACUGAUUCGGCUUAUGUGCCGAUUGGGUCUGUGAACAGAACAUCUAACGAGUAUAAGUUCGGUAUCACCCAGCUCUGCUUCUACCCGUUCGACUCGCUCGCCUUCCUCUCGUCCUCUUACGAUCACACCGUUAAGAUAUACUCAUCGGAGACUCUAAAGCCUUCUGCAUCCUUCGAUCUCGACUCUGUCGUAUACACAAUUGCGCUCUCGCCGAUCGCUUCGCAUCUCCUAGUUGCAUGCGCGACUCAGCAUCCGGCUGUUCGCCUUGUCGACCUUCGCUCGGGGGCUAGCACCCACUCAUUAGCCGGGCACACAGGAGCAGUUCUUUCGGUGGCCUGGAGUCCUGUUCAUGAACAUAUCCUAGCGAGCGGCAGUGCAGAUGGAACUGUACGUUUCUGGGACAUCCGGCGUAGCGUUGGUGAAAUAGGCGCUUUAGACAUGGAGGACUCCGUCGGUAUUCUGGGCCACGACGGGUUCGGCGGUGGUGCGCGCCAUAGAGACCAUGGCAAAGCCCACAGCGCCAUUGUCAAUGGAAUCACGUGGACAGAAGACGGUCAACAUCUGGUCACUACUGGACACGAUGAGAGAAUUCGGGUGUGGGAUACAUGGACAGGCGCAAACACGCUUGCGAGUUUUGGUCCCUUGAUCAGGAACUCGCAUCUUUCAUCUGUGACACCAUUGCUGGCCCCGAGCAACCUAGUCUCGUCUACAAAAGACGUCAUGUUCUAUCCCAACGAAUCAGACAUACUGAUGUACGAGCUGUUUGAGGGCACUUUGAUUAAGAAAUUGAAGCGCCCGGCCCACCAGUCAAAUAGUAGUAGCACAAACCCUGCCUUAGGACAGCGGAACUCUAGAAACAGAAUCACGGGUUUAACAUGGCGGCACAAUCAUAUUGAGUUCUACUCCGCCCACUCUGACGGCUCGAUUGGUACAUGGAAGCCUAGAACUUCAGAAGACGCGCGUGCAGAUGAGGAAGAACAGGAAAACAAGGACAAUGCAGAUAUCGAGGGCGAACAGAGCACGAAGCGCAAGGCCCUUGAAGAUAUCUAUCAAAAUCUCACGAAGAGGCAGGUCACGUUCGGUUCAUCACAUGAAAGCUAUAGAUGA